AUGCCUUUACCUCCACGAAUCGAUGUUGAAAAUGACCAAUCGACGAGCACAGCUCAUUCUGUCAAUUCUAUUCUUUUAACAUCUAAAAAUAACAGGCAAAACAAUACAACCUCAACUCUAACAGAACUAAAUCCAGAUUACCCUAACAGAUCGAUAGACCCCUUUCAAGGAAAGGUACAAAAUCCUCAGCAACAUAAACUAUUAGCAACGUCUGAUUUUUGGCCACCACAACAAGGCCUUGUUGGAAAUACUCAACAAGAAGAAGAACUUAAUCAGCUUACUGUUGGAUCUAUAAAUCAGUUAACUGUUAAUUCUAUAUCUAGUGAAUACUCUUCUACAACUAAUAUUGACGAAUAUAUUCAUCGUUUGUUAGAAGCAGGGUAUACAUCAAAGGUUUCUAGACAAUUAUGUUUAAAGUCUUCAGAGGUGACAGCUAUUUGUAGAGCAGCUAUGGACAUUUUCUUAAGUCAGCCUAUAGUAGGUGAUACACAUGGACAAUAUACUGACACAAUUCGACUAUUUGAAAUGGGUGGAUUUCCACCUAAUUCUAAUUAUUUAUUUCUAGGAGACUAUGUUGAUAGAGGAAAGCAAAGCUUAGAAAACAUAUUGUUACUCUUUUGUUAUAAAAUUAAAUACCCAGAAAAUUUCUUUCUUUUACGCGGAAAUCACGAGAGUGCAAAUGUAACAAAAGUGUAUGGAUUUUAUGACGAAUGUAAGCGUCGUCUGAGUGCAAAGAUGUGGCGGGUGUUUGUAGACGUGUUUAAUACUCUACCUAUUGCGGCUUUAGUUGCUGGAAAAAUAUUUUGCGUUCAUGGUGGUCUAAGUCCUUCAUUACAUAGCAUGAAUGACAUUCGAAAUAUUCAAAGACCAACAGAUGUACCCGAUUAUGGAUUACUAAAUGACUUACUCUGGUCUGAUCCAGCCGACAUUGAUGGAGAAUGGGAAGAUAAUGAACGAGGUGUUUCAUAUGUAUUUGGACAAAAAGUUAUAAACAAAUUUCUUGCAACUUUUGAUCUAGAUUUAAUUUGUCGAGCCCAUAUGGUUGUCGAAGAUGGUUAUGAAUUCUUUAAUGAUAAAACGCUUGUGACUGUUUUUUCUGCUCCAAAUUAUUGUGGAGAAUUUGAUAAUUUUGGCGCCAUUAUGAGUGUAAGCGAGGAAUUAUUAUGCAGUUUUGAAUUGCUUACGCCUGCAGAUCAUCCUUUAGCAAAAGAAAGACUUAAGCAAAGUAAAAAUAAUAAACGCAAGUCUAUUUAA